CUUUCACAUUUAUUAAAAAUUCGAUUGUCCCAUUAUAUCUAAAACAAUGUCACGACAUCGCGCAGUUCGAAAUAUGGACCUUGAAGAUGUCCUUGACGAAGAAGAACAAUUUAGUAGUGACUAUGAUGAAAAUCAAUUGGAUGAAUCUCAACUAUCAAACGAAGAUCUCGAUGCUCUUGAAGAAGGUUUGGAUUAUGUUUAUGGUGUGAUUGGACAAGACGUGCCUUUGACUGAUAUGGAAAUUAAAGAAGCUUUGUGGUAUUAUUAUUUUGACAAAGAAGAAACAGUGAACUGGGCUCUCGAAAAAAUUGAUAGCCUCAAAACUGAAGAAGACAAACGAAAAGCGAAAGAAGCCAAGAAACAAGCCGCAGCUAAAGGUAAAGACAACAUAAAAGUUGGAAUGGGAUGGGUUGUAUAUGUGGUGGAAGGGGGUUUUUUUUUCCUAGUUUUUUAUUUUUAUUUUUCCAUUAUACCUUUUUCCUUUAUCUCUUCAUUUCUCUUUUUUAUAUUAUUUACGACGUGAUUUAUUUAUAUUAUCCCCAUUCAUUUUCCGCAUGCAUCUUUGAAUAUCCUUUUAUACAUUACGAUCCAUUCUCUUGGGCU